AUGUUAAGGUAUGUGAAGUUUAUGAAGGAGCAUGUGACGAAGAAAAUAAUGGUGAGCUAUGAAACAGUGGACAAUCUCCACCACUGUAGUGUUGUUUCUACAAGAUCCUUAGCUCAAAAGAAGGUGGAACCUCGAGCAUUCACCAUCCCGUGCACUGUCGAGUUAUUCAAUUUUGAUAAAGUACUAUGUGAUUUAGGAUCUAGCAUUAAUCUGAUGCCAUUAGCUGUAUAUAAAAAGAUAGGUUUGGGGGAUCCUUCUCCCAUAAACAUGCGAUUGCUAAUGGUAGAUAGAUCUGUGAAGCGACCAAAGGGAAUAUUACAUAAUGCAUUGGUAAAAGUAGCUGAUUUUGUAUUCCUUGACGAUUUUGUGAUGCUUGAUUAUGAUGUAGAUUUUGAUGUGCCUAUCAUUUUGGGUAGACCAUUCUUGGCUACUGGGAGAAUAAUUAUUGACAUGGAGCUGAAUAAGCUCAAAUUCAGGCUAAAUAAAAGUGAGAUGCAGGUUGAAAAAGGUAGUAAUCAUAAGGAAUUGAUCAGGAAUAUUCUUAUGGCACCAAAAAGUAAGAGAAAGAGACAAGAAGAUGAUGAGAACGAGAGAAAAGCCAAGAAAAAGGCAAAGAAGAAGAAGAAGACUGAGAAAUCAGAGGCAGAAAAGACACUACAGGCAUAUGAUGAGCUAACAGAAUAG